AUGGAGAAAGAGACAAUUGUUCAACCGGAUGCAAAACGUGAAGAAGAAGAAGGACAAGGGCAGCCACAAAACCCACCGCCAGAAUUACGACGUCGUUUAGUGGUUUCUCUGUACGUUGGAUAUUUUCUUGCAAGAUGGAGUGCCAGAACUUGGGAAUUCUCUGUGGCUUUGUAUAUGAUCUACUUGUGGCCAAACUCUCUACUUCUUGUGGCGCUUUAUAGCGCCAUAGAAUCGGGUUCUAUUGCAAUCUUUGGCCCCAUUGUGGGGCAAUGGAUCGAGGGAAUGGACUACGUUAAAGUUCUCAGACUCUGGCUCAUGUUUCAGAACCUCUCCUACACCGUUGCUGGUGGCGCAGUCGUCAAGUUGUUGCUAGUUCCCGAUCUUAAGUCCCACAAUAUCCCUCUUUUUGCAAUCUUGAUUGUCUUGACCAUUGUCGCUGGAGCUGUAGGGAUGCUCUCCACUCUUGGUGGCACCAUUCUGAUAGAACGAGACUGGGCUGUGGUUAUGUCGGAAGGUCAUCCGCCAGCGGUGUUGACAAGAAUGAAUUCUAUCAUUAGAGGCAUUGACCUGAGCUCGAAGCUAAUGUCUCCGGUCAUCACCGGUCUGAUCGUCAGUUUUGUCUCUCUCAAGGCGUCAGCGAUGGCUUUCGCUGGUUGGGCCAUUGUAACAGCUUGGGUUGAAUACUGGCUCUUCAUAUCUGUGUACAACGGUGUUCCUGCGAUAGUAAGCAGCAACGAGAGACGUGUCUUGCGUUCCAAGACAAAGAAGACAGUAGAAGCAACAACAGAUGAGCCUGUUUCUGUUUCCAUCGUUCCGGGAACAGAGGAGGCCUCUCGAGAAGACCCACCGCGUAGUAGAAACGGAAUGUUCAAGAUUCUUGAUAAAGUAUCAAAGUCCUCUUUCGUUGAAGCGUGGAGGAUUUAUGUCAAUCAAGAAGUUGUACUCCCAGGGGUUUCUCUAGCUCUCUUGUACUUCACCGUCCUUAGCUUUGGAACACUGAUGACGGCUACAUUGCAGUGGCAAGGGAUACCUACAUAUAUCAUCGGUAUAGGCAGGGGAAUAAGCGCUACUGUAGGACUAGCCGCUACGUUCUUGUAUCCUCUAAUGCAAUCCCGUAUAUCGACGCUGAGAACCGGCCUCUGGUCCUUCUGGUCUCAGUGGAGCUGCCUUUUGAUCUGCGUUGCAUCGAUUUGGGUUAAUAAGGGUAACAUAGCAUCUUACAUGCUAAUGGCUGGAGUUGCUACUUCGAGACUUGGCUUGUGGAUGUUUGAUCUUGCAGUCAUCCAACAAAUGCAGGAUCUGGUUUCUGAAUCCGACCGUUGUGUUGUUGGAGGUGUUCAAAACUCGUUGCAGGCGGGUCUUGACUUGAUGGGAAAUGUGUUGGGUAUCAUUGUAUCCAACCCAAAGGAUUUCUGGAUAUUAAAUAUCAUCUCAUUCGCCACAGUGACGUUAGCAGGAAUCAUCUACACAGUCCAUCUGUACCACCUCCGACACCAUAUUUUUCACUUUGAGAAGAUUCCUCUUUUGAACAAAUUUUUAUUAAAGUUGCUCCCUUCUCGUGGAACCAUGUAA